AUGGAAAAUAUCACCAAUAUCUUGGAGACACGGCUGUUCAUCAACGGAGAGUACGUCGACUCGAAAGCCAACGAGCGACUAAGCUGUUACAAUGCCAUCGAUCAGACGCUUGUCACGAGUGAUGUUCACACCGCUACAAAGGAGGACAUCGAUCUUGCCGUUGCAGCUGCUCGGACAGCCUUUACGGGAUGGUCGUCAACACCUCCGCAGGCACGCGCCAGGAUCUUGAACAAGUUCGCGGACCUUCUAGAAGAACAUACGGAGCAACUGAGCCUUUUGGAACGUACCUGUAGCGGUCAACCGAUGCAAGCAAUGCGAUCGGUCUUUAUCCCCAAUGCGUCUACGCGCAUUCGAUACUCCGCCGGGUGGUCCGAUAAGAUUGCUGGAGAGUCAUUCCCAGCGGGGAAUGGCUUUCUCAAAAUUGUUCAACGCGAACCACUAGGUGUUUGUGCGGCGAUAACUGCGUUCAACGCCCCUCUUAUGUUCAUGGCGGCCAAGGUUGGACCUUGUCUUGCGGUCGGAAACACGGUUAUCCUCAAACCUAGCGAAAAGACUCCGUUAUCUACCCUGUAUCUAGGACGAUUGGUCAAGGAGGCUGGUUUUCCUCCUGGCGUGUUCAAUAUUGUGGGUGGUGCCGGGGCCACUGGGGCAUUCCUCGCUGAACACAUGGGAAUUGAUCGAAUUUCCUUUACGGGAAGCCUAGCGACAGGAAAGAAGGUUGCGGAAGCCGCGUCGAGAAGUAACUUGAAACGAGUGGGACUAGAACUUGGUGGAAAGAGCCCAAGUAUUAUCUUCGCAGACGCUAACUUGGAUAAUGCAGUACAGUGGUGCACAAGGGGCAUUGUCACUGCCUCUGGACAGAUGUGUAAUGCCAGUUCAAGGGUGUAUGUUCACGAAGAUAUCAAAGAAGAGUUCCUCCAGCGGAUGAAGAACGCUUUUGAGGGAAUAGAUCUCUCCCAGACACAGGCUCCGGUGAUUGACCAGAUCCAGCUGGCUCGAGUUGAAAGAUAUAUCGAGCAGGGCAACAAGGAAGCGUCUUUACUGACCGGUGGAACGCGGAUGGAAAAGCCUUCCUGGAUGCGUCCUACCAUCUUUGUCGAUCCUUCGCCAGACGCAACUAUCUACAAGGAGGAAAUAUUCGGCCCCGUUGUUGUCAUAUCAAGCUUUACAGACGAACAAACAGUUGUUGCAAAGGCCAACGACAGUAUAUAUGGUCUACACAGUGCCGUAUUCACACAAGACAUUAAUCGUGCUAUGCGCUUGUCGAGUAAGGUAUCGAGUGGAACGGUAUGCAUCAACUGCACCGUCAUGGUUGAUGUCGCUUUGCCUUUCGGUGGAUGCCGCCAGAGCGGAUGGGGGAGAGAAGGUGGAAAGAUUGGAAUGGAGGAGUGGACUGAGCCGAAGACGAUCUUUGUUAACUUGACAUAUUGA